GCUUCAACAGUGAAGGUCGCGCCAUUAAUCGGCUCAUGAUCUAAUCGAAACGGCUCGGGGAUUUGACACUUCCCACCGAGACGGGAGUAGUGAAGUGGAGGAGCCCCAGCCGCUUCAUCUCCCAUGCAUCGAUCACAAACCUUCCCAUCUUCGCGCUUCAUAAAAAGGGGGAUCUGUCCUGUGCGUUUCCCCGUAUGUAUAAGCCAGCCAGCACGCUCCUCAUUAGUCAUUCCCAGUUCCCAGAGCCACCCCGCACUAGCUCCAUCCAUGUCCAAGAAGAAGUCCAAGAAUCUCCAAAUGGUGCUCAGCGACGGCAACGGCGCGGCCGCGGCCAGCGUCGUGACCGGGAGCGCCAUCGCCGCGUCCUACAACGACCAGAUACGGCCGCUCCUGGACGCCGUGGACCGGCUGCGGCACCUCAAGGUGACGCAGGAGGGCAUCCAGCUCCCGACCAUCGUCGUCGUGGGCGACCAGUCCAGUGGCAAGUCCAGCGUCCUGGAGUCGCUGGCCGGCAUUAGUCUCCCGCGCGGCCAAGGGAUCUGCACCCGCGUGCCGCUCGUCAUGCGCCUCCAGGACGACCCUUCCGCCGACUCCCCCGUGCUGCAGCUGGAGUACAGCAACGGCCGCGCGGUGGCAACCACGGAGGCCAAGGUCGCGGACGCCAUCAAUGCCGCCACCGCUGAGAUCGCCGGCUCUGGCAAGGGCAUUUCCGACGCGCCCAUCACGCUCGUCGUGCGCAAGCGCGGUGUGCCCGACCUCACCCUCGUCGACCUCCCCGGCAUCACGCGUGUGCCCGUCCAGGGUCAGCCCGACGACAUCUACGACCAGAUCGCGAGGAUCAUCAAGGAGUACAUCGCUCCAAAGGAGAGCAUCAUCCUGAACGUGCUCACUGCCACCGUCGACUUCCCGACUUGCGAGUCCAUCCGCAUGUCGCAGCAGGUGGACCGUACAGGCGAGCGCACUCUCGCCGUGGUCACCAAGGUAGACAAGGCCCCCGAGGGCCUUCUCGAGAAGGUCACCAUGGACGACGUCAACAUUGGCCUUGGGUACGUCUGCGUCCGGAACCGCAUCGGUGAGGAGACAUAUGAUCAGGCGCGCGUUGAGGAGGAGAAGCUGUUCAAGUAUCACCCGCUCCUGUCGAAGAUCGACAAGGACAUGGUGGGCAUUCCUGUGCUGGCCCAGCGGCUCAUGCAGAUACAGGCCACCAUCAUCGCCAAGUGCCUCCCCGACAUUGUGAGGCAAAUCAACGACCGCCUCAGCCGCAAUAGCACCGAGCUCGAACAGAUGCCACCUGAUGUUACUAGUGUUGCUGACGCCGUGAAAGAGUUUAUUCGCAUCGUUAAGCAGGUUUGCGGCUCCUUGGAGAAGAUACUGGUGAGGGGCGAGUUCGACGACUUCCCCGACGAUGGCCAUUUCCACGGCACGGCCCGAGUCGCCGAGAUGCUCAACAGGUAUGCAAAGAAGCUGCCGGCAGACGUCCCAAGGCGUGCCAAUGAUCUGUUUCUGAUGGAGGAGAUACGAGUUCUGGAGGAGACUAAAGGCAUAAAUCUCCCUAACUUCCUGCCAAGGUCUGCGUUCCUCGUCUUGCUCAAGAAGAAGGUUGAUACUGUCACGCAGAUACCGCAUGAACUUGCCAACCAGGUCUGGGAGUACGUCGAGGACCUCGUGUUGAAGAUAGUGCAGCAGCACACUGACAAUUUUCCUCAGGUGCAGUCGUCCUGCCGCCGCGCUGUGCAGAUACUGAUGGAGAAGGCACGCGCCCGAUCCGCGCAGCACGUCAAGGAGCUGAUUGAGAUGGAGCAGGUUGCCGAUUACACGUCUAAUCCUGACUACAUGAAGACAUGGUAUGAGAUCAUGGAAGGCCAUGACAGCUUCAUGGAAGCCGUGGCGGACGGCUCCAAGCCAGCCAUUGUUAACCUGGCAGGCUUCGGAGAAGUGGACGUGUCGCACUUGAGGGGAAAAGCCGACAUUGCAGGGCAGGCGUUCGACCUGAGCGCGCGCCUGACCGCGUACUGGAAGAGCAUCGUGCUCCGGCUCGUCGACGGCCUGGCGUUGCAUGUCCUUCUCGGCGUCAAGCGGCUUGUGGAGUCUGACCUCGAGGCGGAGCUCGCCAAUGAGCUGUUGGGAAACAAGCUGGCCGGAGUCGAGCGUAUGCUCUUGCCGUCCCCUGGCACUGCCCCCAAGCGUGAACGCAUCAAGAAGAGCAUCGAGCUGCUUCGUCAAUCCAAGGAGGUUGUCGCAAAUAUUAUGGAUAGGAUCAGUGCUGCAGGUGAAGUUUAGUCCAGGCAGCGCUUGCUUGUUUUGGUUGAUAUCUGGUCCUAUGGAGCCUUUCAGUCUGAACUUUGCUGUGGUGCUUGGUUAGCAUCCAUGUUAUGUUAUGUCAUGCACUUAUUCCUCUCUGAAACAUGGUUUUGUUUAUGUUAUGGGCCUUCUGGUCAUGUCGCUGUUAGCUCCGUCCAAGGUUUUUUACUUAUAUUAUUAUGAAGUUCUAUUCCUCUGAAGCAUGUGAUGUUCUUUUGCAUGGACCUUCUGAAAUGCAAAUUGCCUUAUUUUGUCCAGUUUGCAGUUUUAAAGCGUGGCUUGAGUUUAUCAUUUUUCCAUGAUGGAAGUUCUGGUGGUGCGAGUUGAGAUAAUAAUACAAACAACUUAUAGGAAUAUCUGUAGUUUGCUAUGCAUGUUGAUACACUAUUUAAGCGAGGUGUGACUUAUCCAAACUGAAAUGAAUCGAACUACAUUGGUGACUUAAACAAACUUAAAGGAAUCGAGCAGUAGUACCUAGUUGGAACCUUGAGAAAAUUGUGUUGCACUACUUUGUUUCAAAACACCCAUUUCUGCAAUUUAUUGGUGGUAGAAGGUGACUUACCAGAGUACACAACCCAAACACAA